AUGUCUUCCCAGAGACCCUGCCUUGCCAUCUCUCCAACAUGUAAUGCUGAUCUUCGAACUGCUGGGGAUGGCAACGUUGAAGGUAUUGCUACUGCCGAUGCUGAUGCUGCUGAUGCUGAUGCUGCUGAUGCUGAUGCUGCUGAUGCUGAUGCUGCUGAUGCUGAUGCUGCUGAUGCUGAUGCUGAUGCUGAUCCUGAUGCUGAUGCUGAUGCUGAUGCUGAUGCUGCUGAUGCUGAUGCUGAUGCUGCUGAUGCUGAUGCUGAUGCUGCUGAUGCUGAUGCUGCUGAUGCUGAUGCUGCUGAUGCUGAUGCUGCUGAUGCUGAUGCUGCUGAUGCUGAUGCUGCUGAUGCUGAUGCUGCUGAUGCUGAUGCUGAUGCUGCUGAUGCUGAUGCUGCUGAUGCUGAUGCUGCUGAUGCUGAUGCUGCUGAUGCUGAUGCUGCUGAUGCUGAUGCUGAUGCUGCUGAUGCUGCUGAUGCUGAUGCUGCUGAUGCUGAUGCUGCUGAUGCUGAUGCUGAUGCUGAUGCUGAUGCUGCUGAUGCUGAUGCUGCCGACGCUGAUGCUGCUGAUGCUGAUGCUGAUGCUGAUGCUGCUGAUGCUGAUGCUGAUGCUGAUGCUGCUGAUGCUGAUGCUGCUGAUGCUGCUGAUGCUGAUGCUGCUGAUGCUGAUGCUGCUGAUGCUGAUGCUGCUGAUGCUGAUGCUGCUGAUGCUGAUGCUGCUGAUGCUGAUGCUGCUGAUGCUGAUGCUUCUGAUGCUGAUGGUGGGCAUGGGAUGGCACAAGGUGGGCAUGGGAUGGCACAGGGUAGGCAUGGGAUGGCACAGGGUGGGCAUGGGAUGGCACAGGGUGGGCAUGGGAUGGCACAGGGUGGGCAUGGGAUGGCAUUUGAGGCGCCUCAAAGGUGGGCAUGGGAUGGGAUGACCCAGUGUUCCUUCCUGCCAUGCCAUGGUGAGAGGGAGACGGCCCACACGCCACUGAGAGUGCUCACGCCAUGCACGCUACGCAUGGGCUUCCCUCAUCGCCCCUCCCCUCCUCACCCUCCCCUCCUCCUGGGUUGCUUGCCUGCCAUCAUGCCUGCUUCCUCGCCCACUCUCGCAGUCAAGCACGAGUCAACGGCAGUCAACGCGCCUCACAUGCCAGGCGCUCGCUGCGCUGCUCUCCCCUCGCCCCCUCCGCCGUGCACCACUGCCGCCGUUACCCUCGCCACUAGCGGGCCCGACAGGUGA